AUUCGACUUGUAUUCAGUUCUCAGGGAACAUUCGAACAGACUUCUAACCUCGUAGUACGCAGGCCAGCGCAAUAAAACAGAAAUCAUGAAGACCAUCGCUGUCGUCUUUGCCCUCUGCUUCGUUGGUGCUAUGGCACUCACGGACGAGCAAAAAGCCAAACUGACCGAACACAAAACCGCUUGUAUCGCAGAGACUAGCGUUGAUCCACAGGUGGUAGAGAACGCGAAGAAGGGUAAUUUUGCACAGGAUGACGAGAAAUUGGGUUGUUUCGUUUCUUGUAUGCUGAAGAAAAUUGGAAUCAUGAACCAGGACGGCAGCGUGAACGAAGAAGUUACCAGGGCAAAGGCUCCAAGUGAUAUUCCUAAGGAUCAGGUUGAGACUAUAAUCAACAAAUGUAAAACUGCCACUGGCGCCAAUGACUGUAAGAAGGCAGCCAACAUAGCGUCAUGUUUCAUGAAGAACAAGACUUUCUCUGUACUUGAGUGAAGAACUGUAAAUCAUGGAAAA